AUGUUUGGCUGUGGCUGUCCAAUGAGAAGGCUCGAAACGAGGGAAAAAUGUCUGAGGAUCCAAUCACGCGUCUCCAAUAAUACGUGCUUAGAUGUCGUUCCAAUCCUAUGGUCGAAUGUGUAUGGAGACGAAGCAGAUGACGAUGAUGACGACGAUGAUGCUAGUAACGAUAGCAGCAGCAGUAGCAGCAGCAGCAGCAGUAGUAGUAGUAGUAAUAGCAAUGGUAGUAGCAGUAAUGAUAUUAUUCAUGUGAUUGAAGAGUUUGACGAACUUGUCAGAUGCACCGAGAAAGAAAAAGAAGUUUAUCCACCUGGUUCUUGUGUGACAGCAUUCCGGAAGUGUUCUGGUGACGUCAUUUGCCGGAAGCUGAUGACCGACGUCUGGGAGAGCUGUCGAGUUGGAAGCGGCGUCUACAACAACAACAGCUAUUUUCAUGCCAAUGCGGAAGCGAAAUUAGUUCGAUAUCGAGCAUUCGAUCUUACGGCGUAG